CUCAUCUCAAACUGGUCUGGGUCCCUUUGAAUUUGAUUAACUUUACAGCCUUCUGUCUACAAUGUCACUGAUGGAGGUCAAAGGACUUUAAUAGGCAAUCUGUCUACUCUGGCCAGAAGCCACCUUGAGUCACAUGCAGACUAGAAGGGUGGGAAGGUCCGAAACUUCUUUUACCUGAUUUGGAAUAGCUUUAAGAGGCUUCUGGAGAAGAAGGCUUCUUUUGUGAUUUCAAGUGUAGUUCCUGCUGCUUUGGGACUAGCAGUACCAGUGUGCUUGCUUCUAUGCACCCCGCCAUGCUUACCGAAACACCAGGACAUUUGUGAACAAACAGAUUAUUACCAAGGACACUCAAGAAUGGCUGCCACCAUCUCCUUUAUUCUAUUGGUUUUAUAGGGAUCCUUUAAAACUGCUCCUACCUAAUUUAAGGCCUCAGAAUAGGGCAGAUUUGGCCAAAUCUGAACAGACCUCAUUUAUUCAUUGAUUGAAAAUUCACGCCAAUCAAUCAAUCUAGCCAUAACAGGUCAUUCAGGGCAAUUCUGCAACAGAUAACAAAAUCAAACAAAACAAUUUUUGGAAAAUAGUUUAUAUGGCACAAUCGUAAGAAAGAUGGUAUUGUAAACCCCUACCCGCCCAUACACAGAAAGGAAGCAAAUCUUGUUGCUAAGAUUUUAAAGUUAGAAUUAAUCUUCGAUAUCAAUAGUACAGCCUGCUUUUUCUAAAAACCCUCUAAAUCUAACAGCAUCUUUAGCUGAAUACUAUUAAAAUACAAAUCUAAAACUUUACAAGCAAAUGUUUUCCCAAAAGUUUUUAAUUAAAAAUUUAACUACCACCGUUCAGGCAGAGUUUUUACAAAGCGAUAUAUAACCAAUUUUAAGUCAUUAAAAAAAACACAAUCAGCAGUUAAAUCAGAACACAGCAUCAAAACUACCAUAAAACUCGUUAAAAAAAAAAGGGCAGAGCCAUAAACACAACUACUAACAUGUAUAACAUUAUCUUGAACUUUUUUUUGUUAAAAGCAUGGGGAUUUUAUAAAGUCAUGAGGGAGAUUUUGCAUUCGUUUCUUCCUCCAAAUUUGUUUCAAUUCUAUGCACAAUGGGGAAAAAUUGGCACCGAUAAGCAAAACAUGAGAGCCUUGCUUUCCCACACAAAAUACUUCCGUGACCCCCAUACAGAGGAAGGCCCCACGAGCUCCCUGAGAUGUGAUGUCAUAGAGAUGGGAGGAUGUAUGAUGACAUCACAAUUUCUUGCAGGACAGUGAAGCAGACCAGGCUGUUGCUGUGUUUUUAUGGCAGCUUGAGGUUGUGGUGCAAUUCCUCCGAGUGCCUGCAAUCCUUUUGUACCGGACCACCGCUGUGCACACCGGAAGAGCGGCCAAUGGCAUCUGAGCCAAGGCCAGCCAACAAAGGGGCAUGGACCGUGGCAGAUCUCUUGCACUUUUCUCCUCCCUGCUCUCCUCCGCCACCUCCACGUCGCCCAGCCUGGACUCGCUACCGCCUGUCAGAGAGCAUGAAGGGGCUGUUGGUGGCGCUCUUAGGGGGUGGUGUACCAGCCGGCUUUGUGGCCCCUUUCAGCCGCAUGGCCAACGAGGCUUCGGGCAUCCCCUCACUGGAGAUCCUCUUGUUCCGUUGUGUGCUUCAUCUCCUCUUCAUCUGCCACAUCCGCUGGAAGAAAGCACCAUUCUUUGGGCCUCCAGAGGCCCGCCAGCGUGCCCUGCUGCACGCUUCCGUCAACGUCAUCUCCAUUGGCUGUGCCUACAGCUCCUUCAUGGUGGUGCCCAGUGGGAACGCCGCCACCGUCCGCAAGGGCUCCUCCACCAUCAGCUCCGUCCUGCUGGCGUUGUGCAUCGAGAACAGCCACCUGACGGGCUACGACUGGUUUGGGUUAGUGGGGAGCAUCCUGGGCUUGCUCAUCAUGGUGGUCCCAGACGUGCUGAACCUGGACAAGAGCACCCGCCUGGACGACACCUUUGGGUAUCUCUUAGCUUGCCUGGGAGGCAUAGCGCUGGCUUUCGGCCUGGUCAUCUUCCGGGCGCUGGACUUCCCAGCCAAGCUGGUGACUGUAGCCUUCUUGUUUGGCGUGGUUGGGAGCCUGGUGUGCUCUCCAAUGAUGUUCCUCUUGCAGGAACCGGUGAUGCCCCUGGAUCCCCUGACCUGGACUUGUGUGGUGACAAUCAGUUUCCUUGCCUUGCUGUCCUUCUUGUGUGCCAGCUAUGCUGUGACUAAGGCACACCCGGCCCUCGUGUGUGCUGUUCUGCACUCCGAAGUGGUGGUAACCCUAGCUGUCCAGUACUAUGUGCUACGUGAAGCCGUCACGCCCUUUGACAUCAUGGGGGCAGGGGUCAUCCUAGGAAGCAUUGUUAUCAUCACAGCCCAGAACAUCAGCUGCGAUGCUGCCGAGGAAGAUGAUACUGCCGUUGGAAGGUUUGGCCGAUAGGAGCAGAAGCAAAACGAACAGGAAGGAGCAACACCUAGAGGUAAUCCAGAAGAGACUGGAAGCAGGAGCAGGGGAAGAAAAGGGGGGGAAGAUUACCACUGCAGAGGGUGUGCAUGUUUGAGAUUUAGAAGGCCCCUGGCUGCUGUUCUGGGGCAAGGAGAGCUGGAGAGUGGUAAUGAACUGGAAGAUGGUAGUAGUCCUCUGGACGUCUAUGCAACAUAACCCAGACUUGGAUACAGCCUGAAUUUUCGAAUUAAGUUUGCCUGUCUAGGAAUUCUAAGGUUUGCAGACUUCAGCUCAAGGUGGCUAGUUUCUUUCCCCAGCAAACCUCCACUGCGGGUUAUGGAUUUAAGGGGGCUCAGGGCACUCCUGACCCAUACAAUGAAGCUGAAGCAGAUGGGAUCUAUCCACCUACCUCCAAGUGUCUUUACGACAAAGAUGGAGAAAGCCCUUCUCAACCAUCCACAGAAGUCCUUGGAGAAUUGCUUUGGGGCCCAGCAUACCACCGUGACUGUCUGACCGCCAGGGUGGACAAGAACUUGCCAACUCCUUCAAAGCAGAUGCAGCCCCAAGGCAAGAGACAGGACAUCCAUAGUGCUUGUUCCUUUCACACCUAUUGGUCUCUGGAGGUGGAAGAUGAUGGCAUUAGAACUGCCGAUGGAACUGUUUUUGACAGAGAAAGUCUAACGAGAUGAGAGGGGGAUACCUCCAUUGCCCUGUUUGCACAGAGGCUGGAUGCUCUCAGGCCCUACGUGAAUACAACCCAGGAGACAGUGACCUUCACAUCCUGGGAUUUGUUUUUUUAUCUGGGGUUUACCUGGUGGGGAGGGAAGACUACUGGAGAGAACCAAAUCAAGUUUAGUCAGAGAAAGACGUGAUGGGACCCAAUGAAGUAAGAACCCCAAAAUGGGGAAGGCACAAACACACACACACACAGAGACCCCGUUCCCAAAAAGCAUCUGCAAGAGAGAGGGAGCUGCAAGGGCCUUGGGUCCAACGGACUGCCUGCCAACAAUUUCAGUGAAGGUACUGGAAUUCUGUGCUUAAAAACAACUAAAUUCUGCAAGAAGCAAAUCCACAUUCUGCAUUCAGAAGACAUUAUAGAUUGUAAGGACAUCUGCUUA